AGGAGACGAGGAUGGCGGAGGCACAUCUCUGAAGCCAAAGGAUGUGAAUCCAGGCGACCUGUCUGUGUACAACAGCUCUAGAAGAGCCGAGAGAAAGAGUGCAGUUCAAACAGGCAUGAGGCUGUUGGCCUCCUCGCCACACCGACUACAACAAACACGUGUCGUGCCAAUGGAGUUUUAACCCCUGCAGGAGUGCAGACUGCUUGGUCCACCGAGGCUGCUGAAGAAACACAGGUAUGUAUGAGCACACGCAGAUAUAACCGCCCCUCCCUUCGGAUCGACGCCAGAACUGUCCUCGAAUAACGAACAAAAUACUAGAGUGAGAGAAAGAGAGCGAGAGACAGAGGGUCCCAUGUGCCAUUGGGCAGCGGGGCUUUCGCCAUGAGCAGUACUCUGGGCAAAGAUAAAGACUCUAAGGAGAGGGAACCCAAAGCUGAAGGGAAAUCCAAAACCAAAGGGAAAGAUGCCAAAGACGGGAAGAAAGACACGAGCGGCGCUUCACCCGCGGUGGCCUUCACUUUGGACAGCACGAUAAAGCGACCCAACCCACCGCCUAGCACGCGCAAAAAAUCCAGUAAUGCAGAGGUCAUCAAGGAACUGAACAAGUGCCGUGAGGAGAACUCAAUGCGCCUAGACCUGUCCAAGAGAUCCAUCCAUCUGUUGCCCCCUUCCAUCAAGGAGCUGACCCAGCUGACUGAGCUCUACCUGUACAGCAACAAGCUGCAAAGCCUGCCAGCCGAGGUGGGAUGCCUGUCGGGGCUGGUGACGCUGGCGCUCAGCGAGAACUCUCUCACCAGCCUGCCCGACUCGCUGGACAACCUGAAGAAGUUGCGUAUGCUCGACCUGCGGCAUAACAAGCUGCGGGAGAUCCCAGCCGUGGUCUACCGCGUCACCUCCCUCACCACGCUCUACCUGCGC